AUUAACAAUUGAAACACACUAAAAAUUAUAUAUGGCAGCUUGCAAGUUAAUCUCUUCUCCCACAGAACGUGAGAUCGACUUCCGAUCCCUAUAUAAAUACACAUUUUCAUAGUGUGAUUAAUUCAUAGCAUCACACAAAUCUUGAACCCUUCUUUAGCUAGUUCUUUCCCUUCCAUAUUCCCCCGCCAUUGUUAGCUUUCCGCUCUUUUCAUCCUCAUCAACCAUGGCUGCUGCUAUGAAAGCCAUUCUCUUUCUAUUGGCCUGCUCUGUUUUCGUCGCCAUAACAGUUUCAUCAGUUGAAGAACAGGGAUAUUUGGCGAAGACCUGUGUGAAGAAUCGCUAUCAUUAUCCUGGAUGCUCAGAAAAGUGUACGGAUUACUGUGAUGGAAAAGGGCCGCAUUAUAAGAUGAAAACGGAUUGCCAGAGAAUCUGCUCUAAUUGUUGUACCGAUACCAAAUGUGUCCCGGGGCCAAAAGCCCCAUGCUACGGCUGGACCGAGACCUGCUACGAGGAUAAAAUCGCCAAGUGUCCUUAGAAGUUAAUCUGCAAAAAAGUCUCAGAACAUAACUUUCAACACACCUGCGGACGACUGUUUCUAGAGCCAAUCGAUGUAUGUGACUCCAGAUUUGUUAAACGGUUCUGGACAUAGUUGCAUCUUGAGUUGUAUUCAGAAGUCGUGUUUCUAGCAUUACUCAAAAGUUGUCUUCCCGAAAUUUCAUCGUCGUUGUGUUGAGGUGGGGUUUUUUUGUGUGUGCGCGUGGUUUUUUUUAUUUUUUUUCAUUCAGUGUGUGAAAGUUCAAAUUUACUUGUCAUGUAAUAAAGCUUAAAACUCUUGCUCUGUGGGAAGAAAAUAAAAUGGUUUCUCCGGAAACCCUUUUAUGUAGUAUGUAAUUAUCAGUUACAUACAUUUGAAAUAUAUUUUUUCGUUUGUUCCA